GAUAUGUUGAGCAGUCACUGAAGGCAACAUGAGUGCAUCUGAAUCACAUUGGUUUUAAGACAACGGCACAAGUGGAUGACGUUUAACUAGCAGGUAUUUUUUAUAAUGAGGACUAUCGGAUACAUAGCUUUAGGUAAUAGUAUCUGAGAAGUAUUUUAAACAUGAAGAGACCCCCGAAGUUAUUUAAUUAACGUUGAACAAACAGCAGUUUCAACGCUGUUAACCUGGUGGUGGAUGAAAGUGGCUGCAUAUCUAACGCUGACUACUUUUCAAGGGCUGAGCUACAGACAUGCACCAACAAUCUCGACAGGAUUAUGUAUCCAUAAACUUUGCUGGACAAGGUAGUGUAGGUUACAACAACAAUAAGCAGUGGAGGAGGCAGUCCUGCUGGAGGAAAUGGAAGCAGCUGUCCAGGCUGCAGCGGAGCCUCAUCCUCUUCAUCUUCAUCCUCCUGUUUAUUUGUGGAAUUGCUUCCUAUCCGACUGUUACAGAACACCUCAGAGGCCUUACAGAUGUUGAGCAAGACACAGACAGUAACAGCCUCCUGAGGCCCAUCAUCCCUCCUGUGCCUAUCAAACAGGUCCGACUACCUCUUCCAGAACAACCCUCCCAGAGAAAAUUAUCCAAAAAGAGAGGACCACCCAUCUUACAGAAUCGUUUUCAGAAGAAAGUUAACACUUCAGAUACAGUGGGCAAGGACAAGGCAACUGAGGAUGAGGGAGUCAUUAGCUGGCGUGGGGCGGUGAUUGACACUGACCAGGGAACAGAAGACACCAAAGAUGGGGAAAAUAAGGAGGAUUCACCUGUCAAGCAAGAAGCCAUAUCAUUGAAAGAGUCAGAUGCCAGCUGGCUGGAGGCAGUGCGGGAAGCUUUCAGACACGCAUGGAAGGGUUACAAAGACUUUGCUUGGGGCCAUGAUGAGCUCAGGCCCAUCUCCAAGUCCUACAGCGAGUGGUUUGGCCUGGGUUUGACCCUUAUUGAUGCCCUUGAUACCAUGUGGAUUUUGGACCUUAAAGAAGAAUUUGAAGAAGCAAAGGCGUGGGUGGCCACAGAGCUCACAUUCAACAAAAAUGUGGAUGUCAACCUGUUUGAGAGCACCAUCCGCAUCCUGGGAGGGUUGCUGAGUACUUACCAUCUGACUGGGGACACUCUAUUCCUAGACAAAGCUAAAGACAUCGGCUCCAGGCUGAUGCCAGCUUUCAACACACCAUCCAAGAUCCCCUUCUCUGAUGUGAACAUUGGGAAAGGUACAGCCCAUUCACCUCGCUGGACCUCAGACAGCACUGUGGCCGAGGUUACAAGCAUUCAGCUGGAGUUCAGAGAGCUCAGCCGCCUCACCCAGGAACCACAGUAUGAGGCUGUGGUGGCUGAGGUUAUGAAACAGGUCCAUAAACUGGAUGGCAAGCUGGAUGGUCUUGUGCCAAUGUUCAUCAACACAAACAAUGGACAGUUCACCCAUCAAGGCAUCUACACACUGGGAGCCAGAGCAGACAGCUACUAUGAAUACCUGCUGAAGCAGUGGAUCCAGGGAGGCAAGAAGGAGAACCAGUUCUUGGAGGACUAUCUGCAGGCUAUAGAGGGUGUAAAGAAGAACCUGUUGCAGAAGUCUUCUCCUAAUGGCCUGACUUUCGUUGGAGAAAUCUCUCAUGGGCAGUUCAGCUCUAAAAUGGACCACCUAGUGUGUUUCCUGCCGGGCACUCUGGCCCUCGGUGCUCACAGCGGCCUGCCUGCUGAUCACAUGGAUCUGGCCAAACAGCUCAUGGAGACCUGCUACCAGAUGUAUGUCCAGAUGGAGACAGGUCUCAGUCCAGAGAUUGUCCACUUCAAUGUGCAUCACGGCAGCACCCAAGACAUUGAUGUAAAGCUUGCAGACAGACACAAUCUCCUGCGACCAGAGACGGUGGAGAGUCUUUUCUACCUAUACAGGUUCACCAAGGACCACAAGUACCGGGACUGGGGUUGGCAGAUUCUCCAAAACUUUAACAAGUACACCAAGGUUUCCUCCGGUGGCUAUACCUCCAUCAACAACGUGCGUGACCCAGACUACCCGAGCCCCCGAGACAAGAUGGAGAGCUUCUUCCUGGGAGAGACCCUGAAAUAUCUGUACCUGCUCUUCUCUGAUGACCCCAACCUCAUCAGCCUAGACCACUAUGUCUUCAACACUGAAGCUCAUCCUCUGCCUAUAUGGCCUUCCAUUGCGUGAUACAUGCACAGGAAGUCAAACGGUAAACUGCACACAUAAACGCAACAAACAUCUCAGGGCUUGUCUUACACUAAGAUGAUUCCUUCAUCUUCUGUCUCAGUGACCGAAUAUUGACAAAACAUCAACCCUGAUCACAGACGGCAAAAGCUUCUUCUUUACUGAUCGAAUCAGUUGUUGGCUAUUAAAACGGAUGAGAGCCUGUUUCA